UCACUAAUUAAUCAUCUCCAAACUCCCACGUCUAGCUGCUUAACACAUCUAUAAGAACAUUUCCAAUUCCAAGAGUUCAUACUUAUGCUCCUUUCUUCCACCAGAUUGGCUUUCUCAUCAUCAUGGAUCCUUGCACCUUCCAACUCAUCGACGGUGACCGCCACUUCCAGGUUGACCGUCUCAACAGCUUCGUUGUCAAAACCAAGUUUUCCGAUCACGGCAACUCCUACUCUGUCGUCAGUGUCUUGGGCCCUCAAAGCAGUGGAAAAAGUACUCUAUUGAAUUGUCUCUUUGGUACGAAUUUUGAAGUGAUGGGUACUUUUGGAGGAGAGUUUCAAACUACUCAGGGAAUUUGGAUGGCCAGGGGUUGUGACAUUCAGCCUUUCACUAUAGUCAUGGACAUGGAAGGAACUGAUGGGAGUGUAAAAGAGGGUGACACUACAUUCGAUAAACAAAGUGCACUGUUUGCUUUGGAAAUUUCCGAUGUUCUUAUGAUCAACAUGUGGUGGAAAGAUGUCGGUCUACAUGAGGCUGGCUAUAGAGAACUUCUGAAAACCGUUUUUAAGUUCAUGGUGCAGCUGUUUAAGCCACGUAAAACAACUCUUUUGUUUGUUUUGCGUGAUAAGGGGACCAAGAUUCCAUUCGAGAAAAUCGAGACUUAUCUUAAUAGAGACAUUGAGAAGAUAUGGGGCGGAGUUCCAAAACCCGAAGCCCAAAUAAAUACUCCUCUCAAUGAGUUUUUCAAAGUGGAGAUCAUUGCGUUGUCUUCCUAUGAUCAUAUGGAGGAUCAGUUUAAGCAAGAGGUUGACAAACUGAGGCAGCGAUUUUUUAGCUCCGCCUCCACCUCUCAAGGAGGACAAGUUGCCGCAGAUAGACGAGUUGUUUCUGCAUCGGAUUUUUCUGAUCAUGCACAAAAGAUGUGGAAUCUCAUAACACAAAUCCGGGACCUCAAUAUUUCUUCCAUUCAGGAAAUGGUUUCCAUUAUUCGGUGCGAUGAAAUCAGCAAGCAGAAGUUGGAUGCUCUAUCGGCUGCUCAGGUGGAUAAAGGUAUUCUCAUGGGGCCCCUAGGAGUUGCUGAAAAGUUUUGCUCUAUUAUGAAAACCUGCUUGUCAGAGUACGACGAGGAGACAAAGUAUUAUGACGAAGGUAUAAGAAGUGCUAAAAGAGAAUACUUGGUAUCAAGAGCACUUGAAGUAUUACAGAUGCGUCUUUCAACAUCUUCUGCUACGUCUGAGGAACUGAAACUAGCCCUUGCUGGGGCAUCAAGCGCAGCGCAAGUUGCAGCAGCACUGGGCAACCUAGUCGCCAAUAGCUUGGCCAUUUUCGGUGGCCUUAAUUGAAACAAAUAAAUCUACUCGUAUAAAUAAAUUUUAUUAUUUUACUCAUCCAAACUGAUGUAAUAAUAUGAGAUUCUAUUAUCAUAUUAGAUUAAAUGAAUAAGGUUAAAGUAUUUGUUUAUA